AAAAGAGUAAUUGUAGUAGUCUCAGUAUUAGUCUCAGUAAAUAUCGGAAAAACAGCAUAAAGUGCUUGAUUCCGCGAGCCAAAAAUGGUUGUUUGCACAGCCACAAUGCCUCCGGAAAUACGGCAAGUGCCCGCGAUAAAAAAAGAGCACUCGGAGCUGCUGGAAAACCCUGCGAACUCUAAACCUUGUGAUCCUGACGAAACAGUAGAGGAGGGAGAUGUCGAGGAGGAUCGUGAGGAGGGCGAGAUUGUAGACGAAUUCGAGGUGAUCAUUUCAUCCGAGGAUGACGAGUUCAAGUUGCGCGCUCGGAUCCAGCAGCUGGAGGAGAACAACAAGGAUGUGGAGCGCAUGGACCUGCUGUCCGCCAAUUUGGCACAUCAAUACAAUUACGCGAAGCCUGGACCGCGUUUACCGUCUCAGCAGCAAAAGUCUUCCGUUUACAUUUUGUCGGAUGUGUCGACCCAGUCUGAGGAUGAGUUCGAGGCCCAGCGAAAAUAUCGCAAGCACAAGGUGCGACGCCUGGAGCUGGGAAAAAGGCAUAAUUCAUUGUCCAGUGACUUCCGGCGGAAUCCCUUUGUCAGGCGUCAUAAGCGCUGUUCGCCACCUCCUCCGGUCACCACACAGCGCCGGCGGCAGGACUAUCAUCAUAAUCAGCCACCCAAUCGCUACCAGCGUCGACACCAACAACACUAUGAGCUUGAAGAUUCCCUGGCGAGCGACGGCGAGCUGGGUGAGUACGACAUAGCCUGUGACAACGAUGACGACGAGUUAGACAUGCAAAAGCUUAGACUGAGCAGGGAUAAGUUGCGCGUGGCUUUGGCGCGGGAGGAGCGAGAGGAAUUCGUGAGUCACUACAAAAACAGCCUGAGAGAGCGACUUCAGUACCGCGUGAACAAAUCGCCCAGCCCCAAGCACAGCAAGGAGUACCAACAAGAAGAGGAGGAACUGCCACUUCCGCCAAUACAGAUAUUAUCGGAUGGCGGCGAGGACGAACCUCAGGAACUGAAUGUGCCGCAAAGGGAAGAUCCUGCCGAGCUUAAGCUUCGACUGAUAGCCCUUAAAUCUGCCAUACUUAAAAAGCAUUUAGCGCGAAAGAAACGGGACGCGGAGCGGGCUUACUCGCCCACUGAUAUGAUCAAUCGCGUGCAUCCCGUCAUUUCCAAUGACGACGACAUCGAUGACUUAAUGGAGAUCAGCCCAGCCGCAUCGCCAGAUCGAGUACAAAGUCCGCCGAGAUACUCUACUGAUUAUGCCGUGGACACAAAGCCUGUGGACAUGGAUCUAGCCGAAACGGACAGCGAUGAUCAGCAAAAAGAAAUCUGGAAUUCGUGGUCCAACAACUGGAACUCCAUUGAUAACGCAGGUGGCAGUUGGCGCUGCUUUUUGCCCAACAAUUUGCCGCCUGUGUCGGUUCCCAUUGUGAUAGACGAAGAUGAUGAGGUAGAUUUAAAUACGGAUAAUCGGAUAAUGAGAGAGAAUAUAGUUUACGAUGACGACGAAGUACCGCCGCCACCGCCGCCCUUUCACAUUCCAAAAAUUCAUCUGGAGGACGAGGAUGCCAGGGAUGCCAUGCACCUAGUCGAUCAGCAUUCUAAUCAUAGCUAUAGCUCGGAGUUGCAGACCGUUUCCAUGGAAAACUCGCAGACGCAUAUAAAUCCAUUAGACCAAUUCCAGCCAAAUUCGAGUGACGAUGAGGCAGGAGCUUUGCGAGCUAUUCUGCUAUCCAAUUUCCGGGCAAAUAGACCCCCACCACCACCUCCAAGAACCCCACCACCUGUUGAUUGUGAGUUUAAAACUGCCCCGGCUCAAGUCCACGUUCCAGAACCUAUUGCAGUCCCUGUGCUCGCUCCUGUACCUGUUGCCGCUCCAGUGCCUUCUUUCGUACCUGGCCCCGUGACUCAACUCAAGGAAGAUUCAACGCAAGACAAUGAUUCAGAUGAUCCAGAAGAGCUGCGUUUAUUGCUCCUUUCCAGCAUAGCGACCAAAAAAGGAACCAACCCAAAGUCCGAUUUAAGACCAGAGAUACUCAAGAAUGCUUUAAAACGUUUCCAGCCCUCGGAACUGGCAAUAAAAGAUGAACGGCCUCAGGAUCAACAUUCAAUUCUAGAUGAAAGUAAUGUACUGAAAGCAGAAAAGGAGAUAGAAAAUGAAACUGCAGUUGACGCAGUUGCAUUAGAAACUGCGCCCAUUAACGUGGAAUCUUUGGAGGUGUCUCAACCGCGGGUCAAGCUUGAAGUGCAGGAACAUAAACCAUCGUUCUCCCCCACAAAAAUCAUAAAAAUUGUAAAGCCCAACAAAGUGAUAAACAAAAAGACAACUACUAAACGGAAAUUGACCGCGAUUGAAAAUUCAGGGUUGAGCAUGAAACGGCCGAAUGUGUUAAUGAUUAAGGAACCCAGCGCUCCACUGCGUAGUCAGGAAGUGAUCGCAUCCAGCACUCGCCUGAUCACCACCGUAGAUCCAGCCAGCAUCAAAGUAAAUAAGAUGAUCAUUAGCUUAGCAGAGGAGUCGCCCGCCAGUGAUGAUGACCUGGAGCUGAGUUCGUGCUUCGCCUAUGGAAACACAGACAUUGCCAGCCCCUUGAGUUUGGCCAUGGGCAGCUUCAGUGGUUCAACCACCAGAUCAAAUACUCCCAUAUCCGAGAUUGCCGAAACGGUUCCCAAUGUCAAUGUCAAUCUCAGACGUACUUUGAUUAACGAUUACUUUGAGAAGAAGAUCGACGACUUUCUGAAGCAAGCCAGAUCCAAAGCUCCCACAACUAACUCACCAGAGGCAGCGACAGAAAAGACGUCUGAGAAACCUCAGGUUAAGGAAAAACCUCCAAAAAGUGUAACUUCUCCCAAGACACAGCCGCCUCCAAAGACAACGCCGGUGGCUGUUCGACAUUUACCAGUUGCAUCGCAGAAGGAAUACCUCCGUUUGGUCGAGCGUAUGCAAAUGCUGGAACAAAAGAAGGUUCGAGCGGCCAAGACUGCUGCUCCUGUUGCCAAAAGCACGGCGCCUACUGUUGAUAAGCCAACGCCGAAGAACAAUUCAUCGCCAAGCACAGCGAAUAUUGUAAAAAACUCAGCCAAAGAAGUCCUAGGCAGUAAAAAAAGUUCCCCUAUGACAAACGCUAAAGCUACCUCAGCAGUUCAGAAACCACAAGUCAAAACUGUGACUUUAAAAUCGGCAAAAACAAAACCUAUGCAAAAUCACCAGAUUUCCAAGGAGAGUCGGCUGAAGGCAUUUGAGACUUCUUUUGUUAAGAUUGGGGGGAGCAUGCUAGUCAAUCUAGACAAAUCGCUGCAAAUGGUGAAAGAAGCCAAGAAGUCAAAGGCAAUACGUUUGCGAUGCUCACAGCGUCUCAAGGAACUCUAUGCCGAAAUGCAGACAUUAAGACAGGCGGUUAAACAGGAGGAACUUAAGCUGUCGAAGAUUCAGCCCGAGAUUCAGGCCAGCCAUGAGAUCAUCAUAUCACUCAAGCAGAAACGACAUAAACUUCAUGCGGCGGCUAUGGACUUGGGCCGUGGAUUAAGGGGCGAUGACUACAGGUUAAUCGACGAGGGAAAGGCUGCCAUCACCACAAAAUCAACACAGCUUACCAAGGAGAUACGCCUGUACAAUUCUAUAGUAAACUACGCUGACCUUGUGAAACUGACUGAUGCGGAGAUUAGUCAGCCAAACGCUGUAAUGCCAACGGAGUCCAAAACGGUUCAACAUGAGGAGUCAAGGGAGAAUUUUGAGUCGAAUUCUCAGAUUAAAGAUCAAAGUGAAACGACGGAGACAGAGCCUGCGAUUGGAAAAGAACUUGAAACGGGGACUGACCCUCCAGAUGAUCAGGCGCAGGAAAAAACUGUGGAAGUCGCCGUCACAACUACAGCCCCCUAUACGGUUAGCAUAAUGCGGGAACUGCGCGAGAAGUCCGACGAGCAUCAUAGGGAAAGCUAUCUAAGUGCCUAUCACACGCCCAUGUGUAGGAACUACAAUAGCCACCUCGAUGUCCACGCCACAAUCUGCCCGUUUGAUCUGAUGGGUCGCUGUGAGGAUGCGGACUGCUCCUACCUGCAUUUAGCCCGCCCCGACUCCCAAAACGAACUGCCAAAGACAAGCCCUCUCUCAAUAACUAACAAAUAACAAACUCACUAAAAUACUAAAAGCAUACAUAAUCCGAAAAAUAACGAAAAAAUGUAAAAGCGUGCUUGAAUUCUGGUAAGUUGAACUCUUCACGCAACUUAAUAUUUAAAUGUUGCUUUCAGUCAACGUUAAAAAGAAAGAAACCCACAAAGCACACGUCCAGCAGACGCAGAGAAGCAUCCGCCGGCGUAGCGAUUGCUAAACCAUAAAAA